AUGGAGAGCGCAUCGGUGAACUGCCAGAGCGACGAUUCCCCAAGGGGUCCGGCGACCGCGUGGCGGUGGUGCGGGGACGCUGUGAAAGUAGAGCAGUGGGGCGCCCGGAGGUGUCGCGAGCCGAGCCCUCCCCAGCUAUUCCAUGCCAGAACAGACAUCUGGCUUUUUGUUAGAAGUCUCCAUGGCAAGAGUGCUACUUGGUGGGAUGAGCAUCUUUCUGAAGAAAAUGUCCCAUUUAUUAAGCAGUUGGUCUCUGAUGAAGAUAAAGCUCAGUUAGCAAGUAAACUGUGUCCUCUGAAAGAUGAACCGUGGCCUAUACAUCCUUGGGAACCAGGUUCCCGUAGAGUUGGCCUUAUUGCCUUGAAGCUGGGCAUGAUGCCUUUGUGGACCAAAGAUGGUCAAAAGCAUGUGGUCACGUUACUUCAGGUACAAGACUGUCAUGUCUUAAAAUAUACUUCGAAGGAAAACCAUAAUGGAAAAAUGGCAGCCCUACACGUAGGAGGAAAAACCGUAUCACGUUUCCAUAAAUCUCCAUCUAUUUUGGAAUUUUACAAAGAACUUGGAUUACCAGCAAAACAGAAAGUUAAAAUCUUUCAUGUAACAGAUAAUGCUGUAAUUAAGCCAGGCACUCCUCUUUAUGCUGCUCACUUUCGUCCAGGACAGUAUGUGGAUGUCACAGCCAAAACGUACUGGGGGAUGGUCUUAUGAUCAUAGUGACUGAGCCACAGCAGCUUCUAUU